CGUUACCGCACACGUACACACAGAGUGUUUUUCCUUGCGCUCUCUAACUCACGCACGCACGCAUGCAGGCGCUGCCGGCACUUCCGCAUGAUGUGGUGCUGCAAGGGCGGCAGGUCCGCCGUGCUGCUGCCCACCGCCCGCUUCGCCACCGCCGCCGGCAAUGGCAGUAGCAUUGCAAGAGGCCUGGCCGGCGGCAGUGUCAGUGGCGGCGGCAAUGGCAGCAGCAGUAGCUACGGGCUGUGGCUGUCGUCGCUCAUUUGCAACGUGCACCCGACAGCGCGGCUGCUGGAGGCGCCCCCGGUCUUCCUGGACGGAGUGCCGUCCAUACGGCAGCUGAACGCGCUGGCGGCCGGACUGCCGCUGGGUGGUGGCGGCGCUGCCGGAGGAGCUGGCGGCGGCAGCGGCGCAGGUGGGGGUGCAGCUGGCGGCCGCGCUGGCGGUGGCGGCGGCGGCGGUGGCGGCCCCACGACCGAGUCCCACACAGGCCACCCCACCCGGCCCGGGCAGCCGCUCAAGCUGUCCGGGGCGCCGCAGCCACCCGAGCUGGUGGUGCGGCCGGAGGAGGAGUGGGACGUGGUGCCGGCGGUGGUGGUGACGGCAGCCCCGGCGGCGGCAGUGGCGGCGGUGGCGGUGGAGGCGACCGGAGUCCUGGGCGCCGCGGUGCAGCCUCAUGCGGCGGCGGGAGCUCAGCAGCAGCAGCAACAGCGGGGUCCCCGGGGCUGCCGGGGGAGCUGGCGCUGAUGUUCGCGGGAAGAGCUGCGGCUCGGCCUGAUGAGGACUCAACUGCCGGCGGGGGCGAGGGAGGGCCUGAAGGGACUGGGGCUGCUGCCGCAAAUGCGAUACCACGCAGGGAGGCAAGCAGCGGCAGUAGCAUCGGCGGAGGCAGUGGCAGUAGCAGCGGCAGUAGUGCUGGGGCCGAAGGCAGACGAGCUGCACCUGGUGCGGGUCAUGUUGGUGCGGGGGCCAGCGGCGGCGCCACCAGCGCUGCUGAUGGCGGCGGUGGUGGUGGCAGUGCCGGCAGUGGCGGCGGCCGGCCUGCCGCAGCACCACCGGCCGGGCGGCGGCGCUGGGCCAGUGCGCUCCAAUGGCUGGCGGUGGAGGCGGUGGGCUUUGUGGAAGCCAUGGGCACGGACCGGGCGCACGGCGAGGACUCGCAGGUCGGGACUGACGAUGUGGUGUGUCAGCCAGCCAGGGUUUGGGGUGGUGCCGAAACACGUGUCCAUGUCAGUGCCUGUACCACCCCACGCCCCGCCCACCCGGAGGUGGAGGCGGCGGCAGCGGCGGCGCUUGAUGUCAUUGCUGGUGCUGCUGGUGCUGCGGGUGCUGCUAGUGGUUCUGCUGUUGAUGCGCCUGCAAGAGCGGAUGCUGGAAGUGGGGCGGGGGUUGCGCCCCGUGGCCGUGGGGGUUCAUUAGCACACAUUAGCAUGCACAUACUAAAGCAUUUGCAGAACGUUUGGCUUCUGGAAAGCGGCCGCAUGUCCGUCCACAUCGGCAUCGUAGUAGCGUAGGCCCCACUCGAGCGUCUCUCACUGGUGUCAUGCAGACUAUGCAAACUGAUGCGAACUUGUAACGGCCAAGCCUU